GAACUCGCGCAGUCGCAUUUUGAGACAUGACGCUGAUUUUGUCUUAACCUAGUUUACUGUACCGCUCUGUCUCUUCUGUAAAAACUAGUAAAUACACGUUGCAGUUAUGUAGCGUAUAGAAGGAGGAGUUUACCCUGCCGUGACCAGCUAACGCUGUAGUUCUCACCGGUCCUGGGGACUGUUUGUAAAAGUACUGCGGUUCCGUUUGUCAAACAGCGUUAACUAACCAGCAAGCUAGCCACACGCUAGCUAGCUAACGAGCUGGUGUAAGUUUGCGAUGCGCUGCUGUUAGUGUUUUUCGGUGUCGUCUAGGCUGGCUAUCUAAUUCAGCUGCCUGGCGGAUUACCUGGCUACAGUCUGUCUAUUGUGAGACAGUGAAAUCGUCGCCAUCCUUCUUCUGAAUGCUGUUGUUGCUGUCAGGAAUUCAGCUAAGAUGUGGCAAAGUGUCGGUCUCACACUGCUGGUCAUUGUGGCCACACUUGUCUGCGCGCUGCUCUUCAUGAUGUUUGGUUGGUAUGUAGUCUGGCAGCUCUUCCUGUCCAAGUUCAAAUUCCUGCGUGAGCUUUUCGGGGAUGCAGGCACCCCGCAGGCCGAAACUCAACCGUCCGAAACCAAGAGUGAACAUACCGCUAUCGCCUCGACACGAAAUCGGCCCAGGACUGCUCGCCAAAGAGUUGCUUCUCCAGAAGGCACUUCGUAGAAUAGAUCAUCCAAACAGCUACUGUGUAUCCCUCACAUGAAACCUGCCUCACCAUGACUGCUCAUCAUUUCAGACAGGUCUCACUGACCCUGCACUCUACACUGCACCUUGUUGCAUUCAGGCCUCCUCCUCACCAUGACACUGUAAACUGACCAGGCAGAUCUUUUGGUUUCAAAGGGAAAAGUACAUUACUGUCCAUUUCUUCAUGUCAUCUGUUCAUGUUUGUGAUUAUGUACAGUUGUAUGUAGAACACUGAGUCUCUCCUCCGGUUAUCCUGCGAUAGUAACAGCAAGCUUUCAGGAGUGGUCCGGCGGCUUUCUGCCCCCUCUAUAGAGUAUGAAGAUGCUCCAUCACACAAAGAGAAGUGAUAAUUCUCUCAUCUACAGGCAGAUAACUGCUAAAAUGAGCAUGUCUGUAGCAUUUCAGCAA